AUGCUCGUGCCGUUUCGAGCCGCAUCGUUGGUCGCCCGACUAGCGCGAGUGCGAGCAACAAGUGCACAUUUAGGACCGAUUCGGCACCGAAUGGCAUGGGGUGAAGACGCGAGGGGAGCCGAGGUGCCCGUUGGAGCGAAAUUGGGACAUCCGGAAGACCCCGAGACGCACACAUACGACGGACACUAUUCGGGAUCGCCCGAGAAAGGAGACAAUCUCAUUCCCGAUUAUUGGUACCGCCGUCCGACGAUGGGCCAAACGUACAUAGAUCGUUGCGUCUCGUUGUUUAUCUCGGGCCUGAUGUGGUGUUGGUUUUCCUAUCACAUGUACUAUCACUCCGGGCAUUUGUUUGGUCAUUGGUACAUGCCGUACUUGCGCGAGUUCAGCGAUGAGGAAUUGGGUAUUCCAGCCGACUCCUCGUCCGAUCCCGAAUAUUGGGGACAUCACGGAGAGAAAUAUGGAACUUAUCGU